CCUAGCACCCAAGGGCCAGUCUGGGAGCUCCGCAGGGGCAGGUUUGCUCAGGCUUGGGCAGGCUGGGGGCUGGAUGGCUGAGCCGCUCCCCUCCUGCCCAGAGGAGAGAAGGACGCCAGAAGGGAAACCAACCAAGCAGCUUUCCCAACUCCGGCCCGCCUGCUCCAAACCGGCUCAGCCCUUCCCAGCAUCGCUCCCUUCCGCCGACUUUCCCCCGGUCCCUUAGUGGUCUUCCAGCCCGGCUCAGCACUUUGCUCACACUCCCUUGCGCUGCGAUGUGCGUCCCCCUCGCUGCUGUGUGCGCGGUGCAAGCGGCUGGCGGCCCCAGUUCCACUCUGGCCGAGGCGAAGGUAAGCGGCGCGCCCAGGCUCUGGGCUCGGGCACCCAGCGGCAAGUUCGAGCCCCCUGGGCACCGACCGAGCAGCGGGCUUGCUUGCUUGCAGCAGCCGGCGGUUGACUCGGGCGAGUUUCUGGAGGAGAGGGAGCGCCCAGCAUGUGCGCUUUGCUGAAUGGGACCCAGAGCUGCGGCGAGGGAAACCUCCAUGCUAGAGCCAUAUCGCGUCCAAUCCAUAAUCCAGCAACAACUAACACCUCAAAGCCCGGAGCUGCUCUUUCUGCUGCCUGACUUUGCCUCAAAUUGACAGAGGAGGCUUUUUUUAAAACCAACUCCCCUGCCCCCCAUCCCAGCCACUUACCAAGUGAUUUGCUGUGAUGGAUUUCAGAUGGACAUGCAUAAGGCAUAUUCAGCAGAACCUGGUCAAGCCUAAGAAUUUGCCUAGAAAGUUCAGAAGCACAAGAUGACAGACGAGCCCAUCAAAGAGAUUCUGGGAGCUCCAAAGCAUCCUGAACCUGUAACGAUGGAGAAGAGAAAUAACAAUGACUGUGUGGUAACCACUGUCCCUUUGGUCAGUGAGUGCCAGUUGACUGCAGCAACCGGAGGAGCGGAGCUGUCCUGUUACCGUUGCACUAUCCCCUUUGGCGUGGUCAUUCUUAUAGCUGGAGUGGUGGUCACCGCCGUGGCAUACAGUUUCAAUUCCCACGGCUCAAUCAUCUCCGUGUUUGGACUGGUCCUCUUGUCAUCCGGACUCCUCUUGCUGGCUUCUAGCGCCUUGUGCUGGAAAAUCAGGCAACAGCACAAGAAAGCCAAAAGGCGGGAGAGUCAGACAGCGCUUGUGGCCAAUCAGAGAAGCUUGUUUGGUUAGAGAGACUACCAGGAAAACGUCGAACAGAAGAGAGCUCCCUUGUAAGUCAAUUUGACUAUUUAUUGAUAAGUCAGACCGCAGAAGGUUUUUGACUGGAUUGGAAUGAAAAUGGGUUGGAUUGAGAGACUCUAGGAGCAUCUUUGGAAUUGUUAGUAUCUGUCUUUUCACUGACUUACAAAAAGUGCUAUUUCUUCCAAGACCGAGGGGGAAAAAAGGUGGAUUUUUUUUUUUCCCUUCACAGAAAACAAAAAUUUGUCCUAACUGCAGUCGAGAGAAUUAGUCAACACUCAGAUACUAUUGGAAAGGGAGCCCGGUUAACAAACAAGAAAAUAACUUAACCCGAUCUGAUGUGCCAGAAACCUGCUUAAAAAUAUUACGCACUGUGAGGUCUGACCAAGGGAGGAGUUGUAGCAUUUGAACAGAUGACAAAAAAAAAAAAAACCCAUGUGGCUAGAUUGCCUUUGACUUACGUUGUUCUAGGGAAAAACAAACAAACAUGAAAAAAACAACUGUGAUUGUUUAAUAAGCUGAUGUGAGGAUGGCAGGUCAUUUGGGUUUGUUCCUAUGAGUUAUCAGUGGUACUUUU